CAGGAAUAUGAUCAAUUCUUUUUUCAAAAUUUCUAAUGUUAGGGGACCUAAGAAAACGUGCUACAGUAGAGUAGCUCCGGUUCUGUAGCUCCCCGGGUUUCAGCAUGCUCAAUAGAGUGUAUGGUUUACAAUAUUUUACUGAAAGGUCUUAGGAGAAGCACAUUAUACAUAAUGCUAAACUUUUGUUUAUGAGUCUGUUGUCUAGACUGUUGAGGUAGACUCCCUGAUUAUAAACUGCCUAAAACCAGUGCUAGGAAUUACCACCCCAAAAAACCGCUAUACCCCCCCCCCCCCCAAAAAAAAGACAUAAACUAUACCCAACAUUGCGACACAAUACCCACAGAUUCCUAUUCGAUGGGUUAAUGAUACAGAAUUAACAGUAACUUCACAGUGUGCUUCUACCUUAGGCUGGUUCCUUUCUGAUGGAAAUUAGAUCCUUUGAUCUGCUCACAUAUAUCACUGAGAGGAUUAAAAGAUCUAAUUUUAAUUAGAUUGGUUUGAUUUAUGCAUGUUUUGAGUUCAGAGGCCACUUGUGAGUGCCUUUUUAUAAACAAAAGUUGCAUGUAUUAGCCCAAAAUGAGUGAUUUGCAAAUGUAGGUUCAUACAGAGUUUGUUUCUCAAAUCUUUACCUGUAACUUUGCCCUAAUCACUCGAUGUAAUGUUCAGAUUCAUAAACAAUAUCAAGACGAGAGCAUCAUAGAUUUUUGAACUUGUGUAAAUUAAGGUUUGGAGAUGGCAAAGUAAAGUCUACCCACUAAAAGUCAAUAGUUAAAAAUAAAGUUUCUUUACCACCACAACAAGAGCCAGUAAAUUGAUCCUAGACUUUUUUAAGUCAUAAAUGACCCCCUAGCGCAGGGUUUGACAUUUACUUUUUUGAGCACUGCCACUAGACCAGUCGGGCUACUUCAAAUGAUUUUUGCUAGACCUGACCUUACAUCCACUAGCUCCGACCAACUUUCCAGAAAGUGAUAGUUUUUCCAUAUUUAAAUGUACUUAAUUCAAAUGACAAACAUUAAGUUUGCAUGAACUAAAACGUACUUAAUUGUCUCAAAAAAGAGCUUCAGUCUCGUCAUUCAAUUUAAUGCUUUCAUUUUCGAACACAUUUUCUGUUUCUUUAAAUUCUACCAGGCAUGGAAAUUCUCUAGUCCAUAUAAAAUAAAAUGACCUCAACGGAUUUUUUAAUCUCUAUUUCAUCAGCCCUGCUUUGUUUCUUCCCUACCUUUUACUUUUUUUCUCUUGGGACAUCUUUCCUUGAGGACGAGAAGUUGUAUUUGAAUAUAGACAUUCCCGCACAUAUGUCAACACCGAAAAAUGGCUGUUUACGACGUAAUUUAUUAAUUUGAUACAUACUUUCUUAUAUUUGAUUCAAAUAAACUAGGUUUUUUAAACAAAAUGAAAAUAAAUUCAUCUAAAACAUAACUUUACACACAUUAACAUCGAGUAGAUGUCGUAAAACAUCACUUCCAACCACGACUUAUUUAUUGGAACUAAAAAUAGAGUUUGUGUCAUCAUGCGGUUCAAAAUUGCUCGCAAAGUCUACAGUUAUUCUUUUUUAGUUAAGAAUAAAAUAUCUUAUGGUUUAAAGUAAAGUUUCUUGUUUAUUUUUUCAACACGACCAGUCGGACUAGUAAAUCGACAUUUUAUCCGACCGGGCCUAUAUCAUUUAGUAAACUCAGUCGGUCGGAUGUGCCUUAGUGUCUAACCCUGCCCUAGCACAAACAUCCGUGCAUCAAAAGACCCCAUUGGAAAUGAGCUUUCGUGGGUUAUCCUUGGUAUUUAUACAUGUAUGUUUGUAUGUAUGUAAAUACCGAAUAAACAUUUUAAUUUGUGUAUGUAUACAGGUAAACCAUGGAAGAAGACGCUAAGAGGAGUGAAUUUGUUCCACUUUGUGGAAUAAUGACUCAUGUUUUGAAGUAUGGAACCACCGACCAAUCAAAGUAACCCAGGAAUAAUUGAUUACUAUGAUCAGUUCAUGAAAGUCCUGUUCAGAAAUUGUGAUCAAAAGAUACCUGUAUGGGGGAUCUCACAUGCAGGCCAUGUUACAGUACCCAAUAAAACAUUAGAUGUUGAAAAAGCUUCUUAUUCUGUAUGUUCUCUAGAAGGACAAAUCAAGCACAAGGUUACAUACAUCAGGGACCACAUUCCUCCCAAUGUGAAGUUGAUUUUGGUUGGCCAUUCUAUUGGAUGCUACAUGAUCAUGAGAAUGUUAGACGAGAUAGAGCACCAGAAUGUUCUGCGAUGUUUUCAGUUGUUCCCGACGAUAGAGAGAAUGGCACUGUCCCCGAAAGGACAGGUGGCGACACCAAUGUUGAAAUACCUCCGCUGGCUCGGAACGGCCAUCAUUCACGGCGUGUCAUACUUAUCUCCCUAUGUGCAAUACAGACUGCUGCUGUGGUACUUCAGCGGCCGGACGAUUCCCGAGUGUGUAUACAAUGCCUCGAUGAACCUCUUUGACCCCUUCUGUGUCAGUAACGUGAUGUACAUGGCAAACCUAGAAAUGCAGCAGGUGGCGAACCUGGAUGAAGACUUAGUGGACAGACAUCUCCCAAGGAUGAGUUUUUACUAUGGUCAAGAUGACCACUGGUGUCCCAAAUCUUACUAUUUUGACAUGAAGAAAAAAUUCCCUCAUGGGGACAUCAAACUCUGUGAGAAAGGUUAUGAUCAUGCCUUUGUUUUAGAGGCAAGUGAUGAAAUGGGAGACAUUGUUUGGCAAUGGUUGCAGAGUGAUCUAGCAAAGCUUGAAUCUUAAGGAACUAAGACAAUAAUGUUAUGAUAAAUCACGAUUAUCCGUAUACUAGUUAUUAAAUUUUUGUAUUGGCAAUGAAAUUCCUUAAAGGGAACGUAGGGUAUAAAAAAAUAUUUUCACAUUUCAAAUACUAAUUAUUUAGUAAUUAAGUCCACUGGUUAUUUCCAUUUGAUAGUAAUCUGUUGUGUAGAAAUCGGCUAUUAAAUAUAGCUACACAUCAUCUGCUGGAGGCUGCCAUUUUGCAAGAUAAAGUUAUCGCUCUUUAAGAUAUUUCCCACAAUCCCAUCUGUUUAUGACGUAUACCGGGCAAUUGCCUCUCAGUGAAAGCAGCUGAUCAUGUCUGACUGCAAAGGAUAUCAAUUUGAGCCUGAUUAUAAUGAAGAGGAAUUAUUAGCAGCUUCAAAUGAAAACACUAGUGAAUUGGGAUGGAUUGAUGAAAACGACACUCUUAAUUCUUAAACUUUUAAUUUUGUAUUCUUUAUACAGUUCAUUAUCUUCACUUCCCUUAGUACAUAUGAUGGACAAUGACUGGGCAAUUCUAUCUGUAUAUGUUGUACAAAGUUGAUUUGUUCUUCAAUAUGGAUUGAGAGUGGGAUAUUUUUGUCACUAUUCAUGUCUUCAUUGAGUUGAAAAUAUAAAAAUGAAAUCAAACCAUUACUUUAUAACUUAAGUAAUGAAUUUUCAUGAAAGUGCAUGUACAUGUAUUUCACACAACAAAGAGUUUAUUUUUCAUAGUAGCUAGUUUUCUCUCUUUCUGAUUUAUUAGUACAUCUGUGUACAAGAGAAUCUUGCAAUGUGAAACUAUACAGCACAAAUCAGUUGAUUAUCACUACACCCCUGCAGUAAUUACCUUGUAAAUGUCUGGACUUGAAAGAUUAACUGCACAGGGGGAAUUGAAAUGACCUUGGUUGUAAAACUUUGUUAAUCUUUUAAUAGAGAAAUGCAUCAAAUUACCUGUUUCCUUAGAUGCUGAUAGUCCAGGUUGGUCAAUAGGUUCUGCAUAUGAGUUUUCAUUGGUUUCCAAAAGAAAAUGGAUUAGCUGAAAAAUGAAAAAUACUCAUGACUAAUUAAUUAUAUAUACUAUACUUCAUAUAUACUAAACUUCAUUUGUUUACUUGACAUGUACAUUUUCAAUUUCUUUAAAAACAAUAGUAUAAUACAAAAUGUGCUAGUGCUAUUAUGAUUUUUGAAAGUAUUACAUGUAUCCUGCUUUUCCUUUUCAUCUUUUUGAGCUAUUUUCUCUUAUUUUCUUAGGCUUGCUGCUAUCAAAUAUUUUAGUUACUGCAUCUUCUUUUUAAUAGGUUUUGGUGUGUAUCCCAAUAUCUUAACUUAAAUAGAUAUUAAUUUAACUUUGAAUAUUUAAAAAGCAGUGUUUACCCAUCCCUUCAUAUUUAGCCUGUACAAAAUGUUCACUGGAUAAGGAUAUUAAAAUAAUCUGAAUUAGAUUAAAUUAGAAAAUUAUUAUAUAAGUAAAAGUUUGUUGUAAAUAAACUCUGGUUAUUUACACUUUAAGAAUUAUUAGUAUUUACCAAGUAGAAAGGAAAUAUAAUUUAUACUUACCUUGAUAUCCUCUUUAAAAGAAUCUUUCUCAAAAUGCCAUUUAAAAACAAAGGAUUCAUUUCCAAGGUUAUGUAUACAAUUAUUGCACAAUGUUCAUAGUUUUGGGGGGAGAUCAGGGAUGCUAAAAGGUAGAUACAUGUAUUCCUUUUCCUUUGACUGCAGUGCAAAAUUUCGCUUGAACUCCCGACAUUUCUGUAACCCAUUUAGUGUUAUAGGCACAGCAGUUGUAAUGAAUUGCCGCAUACACGUCAUCAGCCGCCAUGAUAAGAGAUUCUCCCAUUCAACUCAAUUUUCAGUGUAAAUGACAGAUUAAAUCUUGUUAUCAGCAGCAAUUAUUUUUUCUAUGCUAGAUUUUGUUGUCUGCAUGGUACCAGUUUUCACACAUAUCAAAAUUUGAUUUUUGACCCUACGUUCCCUUUAAUGCAAGCACAGGCACUUAUAUCACUUGGGGACCUAAUUACUACUCUUAUAUAGUAUAUUUAAGUACUACUCUUAUGUAAUAUAUAAUUUCUAAUCUUAUAUAGUAUAUACAUGCAAGUACUAAUCUUAUAUAGUAUAUAAGUACUACUCUAAUAGAUUGAUUAGGUCCCCAAGCAAUAUAAUUGCCUUUUAGUGUUUUAAGAAAAAUUAUGAUUGUCAUCCUCCUGACCUAUUUUUGUCCAGUACAUAUGUCCAUCAUUUUGGGGGAAUUUUUACACCAGAACUUGGUUGUCAUGGUUUUGAUGUAUGAGGAUGUUUGCAGUUUUUGCUACAAUUUAAAUAGCAUGGAUAAAAAUGAAACUUCUCACAGAUCAUUGUGCAAGACAUCUUGGAGUUUUUGGAUAAUAUCUGGUCCAUAAAUUGGUCUUGGUCAUUUUGUUAUGUGGGCAUGUUUGUGAACACAGUGUCUGCUACAUUGUAAAUCAGAUUGGUGUAAAAUUAGACCAAGAAAUGUUUAGGGUGGCUGUGUACCAGGGGGUAUGUAAAAAUUAACACUAAUGAUGUAGUUUGUAUUUAUUUUGAAGUUGGCAUUAAAACACUGCAAUUACAUCUACGUAAGCAAUUAAUAAUUUAUGUAUUUUUUUUUUGCAAUUGAAACAGUAUACAUUCUACCUAAUGCUAAAAUGCCUGAUUUUUUUUCUAUAAAAAGGGGGGGGGGGGUGUUGUUUCUUUUUUAUAAUUUUAUGUAGAAGUUUGAAUGUAUCUAUAUUCAGUUUCUAGAGCUCAUUUCUAAUAAUAAUUCCAUCUUGUUCUGGAAACAAAUUUUUGGCCUACCAGAUAUUUGGUGUAGUUAGGAGAUGUUGAACAAUAAUGUUUUGAAAACUGACAUUAGGGCCUAUUCGUGAUGUGUUGUGUUCUUUCAUUAAGUACAACAGAAUGUGAUAUAUGUGUACAUUGAAUGAUAUUAGAAUGCAUACAGUUUACCUCUGAAGUUAUUAUUCUAUUGUCUGUGAUACACAAUUAUUAAAAUUCAGUUCAAUUAA